AUGGGCGACUUCAGCAACUAUGGUGGCUCUGAUGAGGAGAACGCCGAAAUCAAGAGGCUUAACGCCGAGGUGGAUGCCGAUACCGACAACUUCGAGAACUGGGAGAAACUGGUACGCGCCUGCGAAGGGCUUGAAGGCGGUCUCAACAGGAAUUCGAGCCCGCAGGCUCUGGCUACCCUCCGUGCCACAUACGAUCGAUUCCUCCUCAAGUUCCCCUUGCUGUUUGGCUACUGGAAAAAGUAUGCGGAUCUCGAAUUCAACAUCUCGGGUCCCGAGUCGGCCGAAAUGGUGUAUGAGCGAGGAUGCGCUAGCAUCACCAAUUCGGUCGACCUGUGGACAGAGUAUUGCUCCUUUAAGAUGGAAACUACUCAUACACCCCAUCUCGUGAGAGAGCUUUUCGAGCGCGGCGCUACCCAUGUCGGCCUAGACUUCCUCGCCCACCCCUUCUGGGACAAGUACCUCGAGUACGAAGAGACACAAGAGGCACAAGAUAAGAUCGUCGCGAUACUGAACCGGGUCAUUCGGAUUCCGAUGCACCAAUAUGCGCGCUACUUCGAGCGGCUCAGGACCCUCGCUCAGACACGUCCACUUUUGGAGUUAGUUUCUGCCGAUGCGUUGGCCCGCUACCGGGCGGAAGUCGAAGCCGAGAAUGCCCCCUACGGGAUCCAAAAGAGUGAGCCCGAGAUCGAGCGUGACAUUCGGGCCAAGAUCGAUGCGCAGCUAUACACGGUUUUCCAGCAGACACAGGCCGAGACCACGAAGCGCUGGACCUUUGAAUCAGAGAUCAAACGACCUUAUUUCCACAUUACAGAGCUUGAGCAUGCGCAGCUGGCCAACUGGCGCAAGUAUCUCGAUUUUGAGGAAUCUGAGGGCAACUUCGGCAGAAUUGUCUUCUUAUACGAGAGGUGCUUGGUUACCUGUGCUCUUUACGACGAGUUUUGGUUCCGCUACGCUCGGUGGAUGUCGGCACAAGAAGGCAAGGAGGAGGAAGUACGCAACAUCUACCUCCGCGCAACGACUCUGUAUGUCCCGGUUAGUCGGCCGGGAAUUCGGCUCCAGUAUGCCUACUUCGAGGAGAUGUCCGGACGUAUCGAUGUUGCCCGCGACAUCCACGCGGCCAUCCUUAACAAGCUACCCGAUUGCGUCGAGGCCAUUGUCUCGUGGGCCAACCUGCAGCGCCGCCAGAGUGGUCUGGACGCCGCCAUUGAUAUAUACAAGGCGCAGAUUGACUCCCCGACAGUGGACAUCUUUACCAAGGCCGCUUUAGUCACCGAGUGGGCUUAUCUUUUGUGGAAGGUCAAGGGAUCGAGCGAGGAAGCCCGCGCUUGUUUCUCCAAGAAUGUCCAGUGGUAUUCGGACAGCCGCCACUUCUGGCAAAAGUGGCUGGAGUUUGAGCUGGGCCAGCCCACCAAUGCUGAGCUUGAGGAACAGCAUGGUGCGAGGAUCAAGGACAUCAUCCAAAUGAUACGCAGCAAAAGUCGCCUGUCCCCAGCUGUCAAGCAAGAGUUGUGUCAGGUGUACCUGAACUAUCUGCAGGACCGUGGCGGUAAGAAGGCCAUGAAAGAAUUUCUGGCCCUCGACCGGGAACUGUAUGGACCUCAGUCGAUCUCGGUCAUUACUAAAGCCAAGCUCGGUGGUAAGGAGAACGGUGUUGCCAUGGGCGAACUUGAUGAACCCACUCGCCAGAAGGCCGAGGCCAGAUUUUACAGCUUUUACCAGCUCCAUAUGGACCCCGAUCCGAACGCUCAAGGACCAGCUAGCUUUAAUUAA